AUGCAUGGAACUGGUCCACCUUCACUCCUAAGGUUUGUGUGGCAGAGCCUAACGAGCUUGAUAUUAGCAGCGAAUACCCGUGAAUGCACUUUGUCUGGCGCUUCAAUCGAGGAGGGCAUGGGAGGGCCUAUUGGUGGGAAUUGUCACCGCCAGCAUAGCUCGAAACUUGAUAAACGUAGGCAAGCUUCUCCCCCACUACAAGAGGGUGACCGUCGAGAAUAA